AUGCGGACACAGAGCGGACACAGAGCAGGACACAGAGCGGACACAGAGCAGGACACAGAGCAGGACACAGAGCAGGACACAGAGCGGACACAGAGCAGGACACAGAGCGGACACAGAGCGGACACAUGCGGACACAGAGCGGACACAGAGCAGGACACAGAGCAGGACACAGAGCGGACACAGAGCAGGACACAGAGCGGACACAGAGCGGACACAGAGCAGAAUCAGAAUCAGAAUCAGAAUCAUUUUUAUUGCCAACCUCUGAAAAGGUCCCAGUCUGUAGAUUCCAGGACACAGAGCGGACACAGAGCAGGACACAGAGCGGACACAGAGCAGGACACAGAGCGGACACAGAGCGGACACAGAGCAGGACACAGAGCGGACACAGAGCAGGACACAGAGCGGACACAGAGCGGACACAUGCGGACACAGAGCGGACACAGAGCAGGACACAGAGCAGGACACAGAGCGGACACAGAGCAGGACACAGAGCGGACACAGAGCGGACACAUGCGGACACAGAGCGGACACAGAGCAGGACACAGAGCAGGACACAUGCGGACACAGAGCGGACACAGAGCAGGACACAGAGCAGGACACAGAGCGGACACAGAGCAGGACACAGAGCGGACACAGAGCGGACACAUGCGGACACAGAGCGGACACAGAGCAGGACACAGAGCGGACACAGAGCAGGACACAGAGCGGACACAGAGCAGGACACAGAGCGGACACAGAGCGGACACAGAGCAGGACACAGAGCGGACACAGAGUAGGACACAGAGCGGACACAGAGCGGACACAGAGCAGGACACAGAGCGGACACAGAACAGAAUUACCAUUCGUGAGGAGGAGGCCGCAGCCGCCCCCUCCCCUCGCCACGCUCCCCUCACUGCCCUCGCCACGCUCCCCUCACUGCCCUCGCCACGCUCCCCUCACUGCCCUCGCCACGCUCCCCUCACUGCCCUGGCCACGCUCCCCUCACUGCCCUCGCCACGCUCCCCUCACUGCCCUGGCCACGCUCCCCUCACUGCCCUGGCCACGCUCCCCUCACUGCCCUCGCCACGCUCCCCUCACUGCCCUCGCCACGCUCCCCUCACUGCCCUCGCCACGCUCCCCUCACUGCCCUCGCCACGCUCCCCUCACUGCCCUGGCCACGCUCCCCUCACUGCCCUCGCCACGCUCCCCUCACUGCCCUCGCCACGCUCCCCUCACUGCCCUGGCCACGCUCCCCUCACUGCCCUCGCCACGCUCCCCUCACUGCCCUCGCCACGCUCCCCUCACUGCCCUCGCCACGCUCCCCUCACUGCCCUCGCCACGCUCCCCUCACUGCCCUGGCCACGCUCCCCUCACUGCCCUGGCCACGCUCCCCUCACUGCCCUGGCCACGCUCCCCUCACUGCCCUGGCCACGCUCCCCUCACUGCCCUGGCCACGCUCCCCUCACUGCCCUGGCCACGCUCCCCUCACUGCCCUCGCCACGCUCCCCUCACUGCCCUCGCCACGCUCCCCUCACUGCCCUGGCCACGCUCCCCUCACUGCCCUCGCCACGCUCCCCUCACUGCCCUCGCCACGCUCCCCUCACUGCCCUGGCCACGCUCCCCUCACUGCCCUGGCCACGCUCCCCUCACUGCCCUCGCCACGCUCCCCUCACUGCCCUCGCCACGCUCCCCUCACUGCCCUGGCCACGCUCCCCUCACUGCCCUGGCCACGCUCCCCUCACUGCCCUGGCCACGCUCCCCUCACUGCCCUCGCCACGCUCCCCUCACUCCCCUCGCCACGCUCCCCUCACUGCCCUCGCCACGCUCCCCUCACUGCCCUGGCCACGCUCCCCUCACUGCCCUCGCCACGCUCCCCUCACUGCCCUCGCCACGCUCCCCUCACUGCCCUCGCCACGCUCCCCUCACUGCCCUCGCCACGCUCCCCUCACUGCCCUGGCCACGCUCCCCUCACUGCCCUCGCCACGCUCCCCUCACUGCCCUGGCCACGCUCCCCUCACUGCCCUCGCCACGCUCCCCUCACUGCCCUGGCCACGCUCCCCUCACUGCCCUCGCCACGCUCCCCUCACUGCCCUCGCCACGCUCCCCUCACUGCCCUCGCCACGCUCCCCUCACUGCCCUCGCCACGCUCCCCUCACUGCCCUGGCCACGCUGCCCUCACUGCCCUGGCCACGCUCCCCUCACUGCCCUGGCCACGCUCCCCUCACUGCCCUGGCCACGCUCCCCUCACUGCCCUCGCCACGCUCCCCUCACUGCCCUGGCCACGCUCCCCUCACUGCCCUGGCCACGCUCCCCUCACUGCCCUCGCCACGCUCCCCUCACUGCCCUGGCCACGCUCCCCUCACUGCCCUCGCCACGCUCCCCUCACUGCCCUGGCCACGCUCCCCUCACUGCCCUGGCCACGCUCCCCUCACUGCCCUGGCCACGCUCCCCUCACUGCCCUGGCCACGCUCCCCUCACUGCCCUCGCCACGCUCCCCUCACUGCCCUGGCCACGCUCCCCUCACUGCCCUGGCCACGCUCCCCUCACUGCCCUCGCCACGCUCCCCUCACUGCCCUGGCCACGCUCCCCUCACUGCCCUCGCCACGCUCCCCUCACUGCCCUGGCCACGCUCCCCUCACUGCCCUGGCCACGCUCCCCUCACUGCCCUGGCCACGCUCCCCUCACUGCCCUGGCCACGCUCCCCUCACUGCCCUCGCCACGCUCCCCUCACUGCCCUCGCCACGCUCCCCUCACUGCCCUCGCCACGCUCCCCUCACUGCCCUCGCCAAGCUCCCCUCACUGCGAUCGCCGUGUCACGGUUAUCUCUGA